AUGGCGUGCGAGACGUUCAGGGCCGUGCCGGUCUCCCGUUUUCUGCGGAACAUGGAGACCAACCAGCUGAACCUGAUGCACCGAGGCCUGGGGCCUCAGGUAACUAACAACCGAAUCCCCCCUGAGGGAGCCAUCCGCCUCGCUCUGGGCCUCAAAGCAAACAAGACAAUCAAAUUCCUGCAUAUUGGCAGGAACCCCAUCCAGAGUGCCGGUUGCUACGGGAUACUUCAGUCGGUUCGAGAAAAUCCAAAUUCAGCCAUGGAGACACUGGACUUUUCAAACAUCCCAGUCAACCAGGAGUUUGAGGAGUUGUACUCAGCAGUGAAAGAGAUCUUCCCUGGGCUCCGAGUUAAGCACGGGGGCCUUAGCGGCACUUUCGGUCGAGCGAAAGCCGGAAAAGAGUGA